AUGUCCUUCAUCUCGCUCCCCACUCCAACCCAAACCCUCAUCAGCCUAGCCCUCUUAUACACCAUAUACCACAUCAUCUCCGCCGUCGACCUCUGGAAUCGUCGACGAGCCUUCAAGCGCGACCGAGGUGUCCGCGACGCGCCCCGACUCCCUCAAAAAGACCCCAUUUUAGGAUUAGAUUUAUUCUUGGAGAAUAUCGCAUCCUUGAAAAAUCACACUCUGUUGGAAACUACGGCGUCGAGGUUCAGGGAUACGGGGUUGAAUACUUUUCGACUGGUGGCACUGGGGAGACAUAUGCAUGCUACUCUGGAACCGGAAAAUUUGAAAACAUGCCAUCACGCCCACAGUCGAGAAAUGCUCCGUCCGAAUUUCGUACGCUCGCAAGUCGGCGAUGUGCAGACGUUUGAGAAGCACGUCUCGCGACUAAUUGCGACGAUUGUUCCGGGCCAAGAAGUCGAUUUGAGUGAACGAUUUUUUCGUCUCACCAUUGAUAGUGCGACGGAGUUUUUGUUUGGUGAAUCUACCGAUUCUUUGAUCAAGGAUGGGAAUGAUGGGUUUUCGGAGGCGUUUACGCAGAGUCAGGAUUUCAUCGGCAACCUCGCCCGAUGGGGCAACUGGGCCAAACUCUUCCCCGCCAACAAACGCUUCCAAAAAGACCGCGAUUUCGUACACAAUUUCGUCAACUCGUACGUCCAAAAAGGCCUCGCCCGACGAGAUCAACUCCUCGCAGCAGAAAAAAACUCUUCCCCGGACCACCAACAACAACAACCCCCGGAAAGAUAUCUCUUCAUCGACGCUCUCGUCCGCCAAACUACAGACCCCAUCCGCAUCCGCAGCGAACUCCUCAACAUCCUCCUCGCAGGCCGAGAUACCACUGCCUCUCUCCUCUCCAAUCUCUGGUUCACACUCGCUCGCCGACCGGAUAUUUGGCGGAAACUCCAAUCCGAAAUCACCACCGCCACAAUUUUACCUCCUCCUCCUCACCAAAAAUCAUCAUCUUCCCCCUCCUCCAAUUCAUCAUCACAACCGCCAACAUUCGACCAACUAAAAUCCAUGAAAUAUCUCCGCGCCUGCUUAAACGAAUCCCUCCGUCUCUAUCCCGUCGUUCCAUUGAAUAGUCGCGAAGCUUUGGAAGAUACGAUUUUACCUCGAGGCGGAGGAGAGGAUGGAAUGGCGCCGAUAUUUAUCCCCAAGGGGGGAUUGGUGUCGUGGAAUUUGUGGGCGUUGCAUCGACGGAAGGAUUACUUUGGGGAGGAUGCGGAGAAGAAGGGGUUGAGGCCUGGGUGGGAGUAUUUACCCUUCAACGGCGGAGCCCGAAUCUGCCUCGGUCAACAAUUCGCUCUCACAGAAGCAAGUUAUGUCACUGUACGAAUUUGUCAAGAAUUUCCCGAGGAGGAAAAAGAGGAGAAGCAAGAAGAGGAGCCUUGGAGGGAAUUUCUGACAUUGACGUGUACGAGUUUGAAUGGGGCCAAGGUGGUGUUGAAUCGGUAUAGAAAUUUAUGA